UAAAGAAAUUCUAUUCUUCUGCUAAUCAUCAACCUUUAUUCUCGUGGGGGCUUACAAGAAGGAGCAACAUAGAACAUAGCUUCUUCUCCAAUACAUAGACGGCCAACGCCGGCGAUAUCGGCGGCGUAGGAGAUGAAAAAUCGUAGGAAACUCAGUGGUGUUUGCGGAAGCGACGUCGUUCUAACGUGGAGGACGUUUUUCUGGUUCGUCGUUCUGUUUGUCUUCUCCUUCGUUCUCUUCUCCACCAUGUUCGUCUUUAGAGGUAAGUUUCGCCCGGUGGUACGUACGACGAUAAACUUCCCAACGGCCAAAGCGGUUCUCCGCCGUGAGUCCGUAACGCUGUCUCCGGCGGUUUCGAUUCGCGAAGCGGUGAAGUUACCUGAGCAGACGCUGGUUUUCCUUAAAUACCCUCCGUCUCUUCGGUUAUAUACCAAAGGCGAUCUGGUUUGCGUUUUCUCCGGCGGCGGUGACUCGUCGAAGCUACGGAAGGAGUAUCCGACGGCGGUUGACAGCGACAAAUUUAACGGCCAGAUCGUACGGUGCCCUGAAACGCCACGUGGAUACAACGUAUCGCUUGCGGUGUCGAGAUGGACGGCGGAUGAUCACAUUCCCGCUGGGCCCACUCACCAAUGGGAUUGGCUUGUUUACGACGCCGUGAUCGAUCACGAUAACUCCACGGUGGUUUUCGUCAAGGGUUUAAAUCUACGGCCGGGGAGAGUUGCCGACGUGUCGAGAUACGAGUGCGUGUACGGCUGGGAUUUCGCGAGACAUAAUCGGUUAAUAAGAUCAGACGUGAUCUCCGCGGCGCAGGAGAUUAUACGGUGCAGAACUCCGUUAACUGUGUUAGAUGGCGGCCCAAAAUCAGCCCAUGGGCCGGUUAAAGUCUCGGUUAGAAUUAAAGGAGGAACCGGAAUGCUUCCCUCGAUCGCUCAACCGGGUCGGAUCAUUAACCCGCCGCGACGGAAACCGUUUGAGAUGUGCGUCUGUACCAUGACGCGAAACGCAGCCGCCGUUUUAAGAGAGUGGGUGAUGUACCACGCCGGAAUCGGCGUUCAGCGGUGGUUCAUCUACGACAACAACAGCGACGACGAUAUAAUCGCAGAGAUCAGAGAUCUCAAAAGCCGCGGCUACAACAUCACGAGACAUUUCUGGCCGUGGAUCAAGACUCAGGAAGCGGGAUUCUCCAAUUGCGCGAUUCGUGCAAGGAGCGAUUGCGAUUGGGUCGCGUUCAUCGACGUCGACGAGUUCUACUACAUCCCUUCCGGUCAAACAUUAACCAGCAUCAUCAGAAACCACACCGUCUCCAAUACGAUAGGUGAAAUUCGAACGCCGUGCCACAGUUUUGGACCGUCCGGUUUGCGUAAACGGCCUCGUGGUGGAGUCACUGAGGGAUACACUUGCCGUGUGGUUUUACCGGAGAGACACAAAAGCAUACUCCGGCCGGAGGCGAUGAACGCGACGCUGAUCAACGUGGUGCACCAUUUUCAUUUGAAAGAUACGUUCACGUUUGCUGACGUGGAUAAGGAUGUUAUGGUAAUUAACCACUACAAGUAUCAGGUUUGGGAGGUUUUUAAAGAGAAGUUUUAUAGGAGAGUCGCGACUUACGUGGCGGAUUGGCAGAACGAUGAGAAUGUGGGGUCGAGAGAUCGGGCACCCGGUUUGGGAACCCGACCGGUCGAACCACCUGAUUGGGCCGAGAGAUUCUGUGAGGUUAAUGACACUGGGCUUAGAGAUCAAGUAUGGGAGAGGUUCAAAGACAAUAAAACGCAGCGUUUGAUAUGGGAAGGAGAGGAAGAUGAAGAUAGAAUCUCGAAAAUGGUGAGUGAAACACCAUCCAAAGCUACUAAUCGAUCCGUAGAUGGAUCAAGCGCGGAGAUUUUUAUCAGCCCGAGAUUCAAAUCGGCGGCGGCUCUGGCGGGUUGGGACGAAGAGGAUCUGAUAAUCGCUAGCUUCGUGGUGGAAGACACCCCUGAAAGAAGUUCAUCUAAGAGAAGGAGACGAUCCAAUCUGUUGUCUAAAACAAGCCCACCUUCUUCGGGUUCAAGAAGGAGGCAAAGGAUUAAGCAGAGUUCUAAUCCGUUACCUGUUAUUGAUCUUGAUGAAGUAAUUAGACGCGAAGAGGAAAAAUCUGCAGAGAAGAAGAAGAGAAAGAACAAGGAGACAAAACCAGAAACAAAAGAAGAGAAGAAGGCAGAGGAGGAUGAGAAGAUCUUGCCAGAGGAGAAGAACACAACUUCUGUUGUUCUUCCUUGCAUUGAUAAGCUUCGUGACGAGCUGUCUUGUGCAAUUUGUCUUGAGAUUUGCUUUGAACCAAGUACUACAACUUGUGGACACAGCUUCUGCAAGAAGUGUUUACGGUCUGCAGCAGAUAAGUGUGGAAGGAAAUGCCCUAAAUGCAGGCAACUUAUAGGAAAUGGAAAGUAUUGCACGGUGAAUACGGUUCUUUGGAACACAAUCCAGCUUCUGUUCCCUAAAGAAGUCGAAGCACAGCGAGCUUCUGCUUCCGCUAACUUCCUAAGCAAGGAAACGCCGACCCCUAGAGACUCUAAUCAUAGGCUAAGAAGCAGGAACAGAGAAACUGCGCUUCAAGCUAGGUUGCAGAGAGAGGAUAUCUCGAGGUUACUUGUGUCUGAAGAGAGAAGCGAGAGGAGGAGGAGAGGGGGGAGUGUGAGGUUGGAUCAAGAUAGUGAUGCAGCGUUCGCGUUGCGGUUACAGCGGCAGGAAUUCGCGUCUGCGUUUGGCGUUACGGCGGCUGGGGCAACUUCCUCUUCUUCUUCUUCUUCUUCUUCUUCGUCGGAUGUUUCUCUGUCGAGAGCAAGAGCUAACCUACGAGCUAUGGCGUCAAGAGCUGCUCGCAGGCAAUGAUAGAUGGUUGCUGAUGAAUGAUGAUGAUCAUUUUAUCAAUGACAUCUUAAAACCAACCACAUUGUGUUCCUUUACGUUUUCUUGCAACAACGCAUUGUAAAACUUCAUUGUUGUCUCUUUUCCGUUUACUUGAAAUCUAUAUUUCUUAGAGAACGUUUUG